UUUCAGACUUUAGUUUUGUCCUUGCAAUGCGUCAGAGGCUUUACUGAAUGCGACUUUUAUUUGUUUAUUCGCAUGUUUUGACAUUGUUAAAGCACGCUUUCUCUCUAAAAAAAAAUAUUUGUUUCUUUUGACGCCAUGGCACUGUUCAGAGGAUUGACUGUGUUAAAUCGAGUUUCUCCAAACAAGUAUUUCACACCAGCACGAAUGUUUAGAAAUGGGACAAACACUUUAUACCAGAGCGGUCCUCAAGCUAGAUUCUUCCCACCUUCUGAAAGUGUUAUGCUUCUACCAGGAACUUACAAAAACAAAGUGGCCUUCAUCACUGGAGGAGGAACGGGACUCGGAAAAGCCAUGACCACCACUCUGUCUUCACUGGGAGCGGAGUGCGUGAUAGCCAGCAGAAAUCUUGAAAUUUUGAAGAAAACAGCAGAUGAGAUCUCACAACAGACAGGAAACAAGGUCCAUGCCGUCCAGUGUAAUGUUAGAGACCAUGCUUCAGUGGAGGCAGCUGUUAACCAGCUUGUCAAUGAUGUCGGCCUGCCUGAUGUAGUGAUAAACAAUGCUGCUGGAAACUUCAUUUCUCCGUCAGAAAAGCUUUCCCCCAAUGCCUGGAGAACCAUCACUGACAUAGUGCUGAAUGGCACUGCGUAUGUCACGCUAGACAUCGGGAAACGCCUCAUCAAAGCUGAGAAAGGUGCUGCGUUUCUGGCCAUCACCACAAUCUAUGCUGAGAGUGGCUCAGGUUUUGUUGUGCCAAGUGCUGCUGCUAAAGCUGGAGUGGAGACGCUUUGCACGUCUCUGGCAGCAGAGUGGGGCAGAUACGGCAUGAGAUUCAAUAUUAUUCAACCAGGACCAAUCAAAACCAAGGGUGCCUUCAGCAGACUGGAUCCCACUGGUGCGUUUGAGAAGUUGAUGUUAGAGACUAUAGCUGUGGGUCGCCUGGGAACUCCUGCAGAGAUCGCCAAUCUUGCCGCCUACCUCUGCAGCGAUUAUGCCAGCUGGGUAUCAGGCGCAAUCAUUCGGAUGGAUGGUGGUGAAUAUGUCUCCCUUGCUGGCGAGUUUAAUGGCUUGAAAAAGGUCACACAGGAGCAAUGGGCCAUUAUGGAAGCAAUGAUCAGAAACACAAAAGGAUCAUAAACAUCUGAAACAGCAGUAAAACUAAUGACAGUUCUAAUCUCAAUCUCCCAUUGUAGCACAGAGGAUCAUCUAUUUUAAAAUAUGAUUUUUAGAUUGUGACUUAAAUUGUCCUGGCACAUACAAAUAUCCAUCCAGUGACAUGUUUAUCACAUUGAGGGCUAUAAUGAAUUGUUGUGUGGAGUUUUUGAGGGGAAUAGAUAUUGUGUACCUGUCUGCCAUUUCUGCCUUAACAAUCUAUUGUAACAAUUUCAGUUACAUAUACUGUAAACAUGUAGGUUAAAUUAUUUCCUACACACUUCCCCUGUACUCUGGGAUAGACUCCAGCAUUCCUGCAAUCCUAAGCAUUUUGGAGGAAAGAUGGUUACUGUCCGAUUUGAUAAAUCCCACAAAAACAUGUUUUGAGACGUUGUUGUGUUUAAAAGGAUAUAAAAACAAUCUGCCUGACCUUUUAUGGCAACAUGUGUUAAAAGUCUUACAGUAUCUUUCAACAGCCUUAUGAUCUAAUGAUGAAGUAGAUAUGAUAUUUUGGUAUACAUUAACUUGUUUCAUGCUUAGAA